AUGGCAAACAAACUUCUUCCAGUGGAUGUACUUUUUACACUAAUGUGCCUGUGUCUACAAGUGCUGGCCAAAAAUGGUAAGAUAAAAUAAACAUGGUCAAACAAUAAAUUCCCUAGAAAGUCGUUUUCGAAAGCUCAUAGCGCAGCAGUCGUACAAAGUCGCCCGAAACUGCCCUCCCGAUGAAUAUACGCCACCCCUAUUUUCGGUAGUUUGAAGAUAAUUUUUGAGUUUCUAAGAAGGCUCUAAGGUGCAAGAAAUUUGCCGUGAGCAAAAAAUUGGCAUUGGAAGCAAAAUAUUGCAUUUCAAGACAUAGAACAGUUGUGACAAUACAAGUUCUAUGCUUCUACCUUUCACGAUUACAAGCAUAUACCAUGCAUUAACUAGCGCCCUUAUAAAGUCAUAGUACUCUGGAUUGCCUUGUUAAUAGUCUCUUCUGACUGUUGAAACGCACUAAGUAUUUUGUUGCUGUCAGAACCAACAUAAUCAAACAUUUGUAACUAACUCCAAUCUAACACUUUCGUUGCACUAAAAUUUUGUUCAAACGCAGCCCCUAAAUCACGGACUUCGACACCGCGCACAGUUAAGCAUUUCCACCGAAGUUUCAUUUGCAUUACUCGUUAAUAUAUUGUUUGUCUUAGCUUUUCAGAGGGCUUAUUUCGCAGUUAUUUCGUCUCUACUUGAACAUUAAACCAGCGCAUGCAUUUCAGUCAGUAAUUACCGGUAACAACCCAAAUUUUGUGGUCUUUAAUUUAAGAAUUAACAGUUUUUCAGCACCGUCUAGAAAAGACCUUACAGUGUACGUAUUGUACCCUUAAUCCUGCGUGUCUCUAGCACAUGAUAGGGAAUCUCAGUCAAGUUUUAUAGUUUUACAAAUGAGUGGUUAAUACUGUUACACUUCUUGGGUAAUCUUGAUCGAUCGAUCCACUAAGUUCGAAACUAGGCAUGUCGAUGUUUGAAAUUUAUAUAGCCCUUUUCUCUACCAAUAAAAACUUAUACGAUAGAAAAAGAUAAACAAGAGUGAUAUAAUCUUUCAUUAUUUAAAUAUUGAGAGCUUCAUAAUUCUAGUGUAGGCCGACUUAUCAGCACCUACAGGCGAAGCCAACAAAAUAAAGUUUUCACUCCUUACUGUUUUUUUUUUGGUUUUUGCAUUAUUUUUAGCAACGACGCCCAUAUUCAGCGGUAAGAGGUGUAUUAAGAUCGAAUUAGCUUUUUGGGUCUACUACAUUGUGGAUAAGGCGUAAAACUUCCUUGGUUUUAGAUCUUAAAAUGUAUCUUCUUACCCUAGAAAUUUGGUUAAAUAACCUUCACGGUUUUUUUUUCUUUUCUUUUCUUUCUUUUCCCAGCUGUAUUUUAUACUCCAAAUAACCUAACAUAACGGUACACUAAACUACAAUAUUGGAAAACGUUCCCGAUAUCCUGAAAAUGAGGUCAAUAUAAUCAUACUGAACACUGAUACUAAGAUGAUACUAACCACCCCUUUACUUCCAAUGUCCCUCCCCCCAUCCUUUUACCCCCUUCCCUAUUCUGCCAAUCAGAUGCGUUCAUUUGUAAUUUAUUAUAAGUAAUAUAAUUAUAAUAUAAUACCUAUGACAUUUCUUUUUUGUCAAGACCUGGAGAUUGUUUACGAUUGCUCCAUUUACACAUUUCAUAUGAAGUCCAAGAUUACCUGGGAAAAAAGCAAGAAUCUUUGUGAGCAAAGUGGUAGUAAGCUUGUUUCCAUGGAACGUUUAACGGCUGAGUUGAGCUUCCUGACAAAUCAUUCAGAAAUCUUUAAAAUGAACACUACUCAAUAUUACAUUGGAUUAAAAAAGUAUGGCCAGAAGUGGGUAUGGCUAAGUGAUAACAGCACAUUAGAGGAGACUGAAAUGGGGAAAUUUCCUUGGGCUACGGGUCAGCCAAUGGGUGAUGGAAAUUGCGCUAAAAUGUGGCGCACGAGCCCGUGGACUUAUGAAUAUGACGACGUUAAAUGCACGACCAUAAAGACCAACACUGGAUAUAUCUGUGAGAGGCCGUUGACAUCUUUGGCAUGUGGUACAAAUGGUGAGUCGCUAGAGAUAGUGAAUUAUAAGCACAUCAUGCUUGCUUGCUUUAGUACCGUCCACCAAAUAAAAGCUUAAUUAUGCACUAACAAUAAGAUUAAACAGAAAAGCUCUUAAAAUCAGCGUUUAGUCUCGCUUGCUUGGAGACUAGAUAAGAAAUGAGGAGGUGAUUAAUUCGAUAGGAAAAUUCAUUACCUGAUGAGGGAAUUCCACGUUAAAUUGCACGCGAAAACCGAUAUCGCACGAAUCGCGAAUCCCGUUUGAACCGUCAACAACUUUUUUUGUACCUUGUGCUUGUUUUCACAUUUGCUUUCAAACUUUUUUACAUGUAAACAAGCUUCACACUAAUCGUAAGGAUAAAUAGAGGUAUUUUACUGAAUUUAGAAGCCGUUUAUGUAGAACGUCUUUUUUCAAAUUGGUCAUUUGCUCGAGAAGGAAAAUAAUUUACACCUUUUACCUCUUCGGCGGCAAAACAGAAAGAAAUCAAGUGUCCAAGCAAAAGCACUGAAAGUUUAACAUGUUUAACGUCGCGAUUGACAUAAGGUAAGUACCUUGAAAUGUUUUAGAAAUGCUGUUCAAGUUCAGCUCUGUUUUGUACUUUUCUAAGUACCACGAUUCAGGACGAUUGCAAGCGGCGUACUCUUUUUCGUGUUUUCAGGGGCCAUGUCCUCUUUGAAGGUAUUUAUUUCUUCUUCUGUAUAUGGGACAAUCGACCCCGGCACUUCCUCCGUUGUCGCUUCUCCGUUUUGUUUGGUUGAACUUUGGAUUGCCAUUUUCUGGGCCGUGUUCACAGGAUUUUCUUGUUUUUUCGUUGUCGCGAGUGAAAGAGGUUUUAUGUCUCUUCGAGAAUCUGUAGUUCAGUUCAAAACAAGGAAGAACCUCCGGCUCACUUUAAAAAACGGUUUUGUUUGUUUUUAACUCUUCAAAAAGUGACAAUGAAUGGUUUUGAAAACAUUUUUAAAUGACAUUGUAGAAAACCUUUUUUGCAUGUUGUUGUGUGAGAAUUUGACGAUAGUUGUUACGUAGAUGCGAAACAAUAUCGCUUAGCCUCGUUUUCAACUCGCAAUUCCACACUAAAUACCUCGCUUCGUUAAUCAAUCAGAAUGCGAGAUUUUACUUAAUUAUGCGAUUCUACACGAAACAGGAUUUACUCGCAAAAGGUUUUUCACUUCCUAGUUACCUUAUUAUAGGAAAUUAACGCUCCAUGAAAUUAACGCGAAUCAUUAAAAUUCGCGUUAAUUUUCUUGAGCGUUAAUUUCUGCGACGUUAAUUAAGUGCAGCGCGCUCUUAAUUACCCCCCAAUUUUGAAACCUGUCCAGACAUUCUUGACACCUAAAAAACAUUAACUACAAGCUUUCUUUCUUUCCAUUUACCUUUUAUUUUUCAUCUUUCACAAAAGCUAAGGCGAAGGUUUACAAUAUUUCGAGUUCAUCUUCAACGUUGUCGCUGUCAGAAGUGAUGUCAAUAUCUUCUCCUUUGAUUUCGGCCAAGAUAAUCGCGUUAAUUUCCUUUUUAUGAAAUUCUACCUCCUCUUUCGCGUUAAUUUUCUUUAUUCGAAACUCAUUUUCCAAUUCGCGUUCAUUUAAGUCGCGUUAAUUUCCAAUACCUUAAUUUCAUGGAGCGUUAAUUUCCUAUAAUAAGGUAUUUUAUCGACGGUCAAGUAUUUCAGGAUAUUUACUUUUUAUAUCCUAUUCGACGAAAUGUUUCUGAUUUAGUACGCGUGUUAGCAACGACCGGAGUUACGUUUGCGAUCGCAGGUUAUACGAGUGUAUAGUUACACGAAAAUUCUAAGGCCUCGAUUAGAGAGAAAUUACAUCACUGCCAAAGAUAAAAAACCUGAUGAGAACAUGGCGCGUCAUUUCAAUCGUCGCCGAAAAUAAACCGCAUGCUCAUCACAAGAUUCAUUUGCAGACAGUGACAGUUUGCAACACCCGACCAGUUAGUCUUUUCAUAAUUAUAAUUCUCCUUUUUUUUUCCGACCACCGAAGGUUUCACUUAUUUCAAAGUAAUCAACGUUUUCAAACGAUAGAAUUCGUUGACAGAACCGUUCCGGAAAAGCUCUAAACCUAAGCUUUCUUCGCAAAACAGGCGUGGCUUCGGUCACGCAACAAUUCUUAUUCCCAGUUUCCGCGGUCUCCGCAAGGACGCCUGGGACAACAACCGUCGUUUGUGCACUAAAUACGAAGAAAAAAACAGCUUGUAGAUCAUUAGCCUGCGUAGCAAGCGUUUCCGUUUGGUUUCGGAGCAAAAAAAAACCGAGGAAGGGGACUUUCGGUUUUGACCGCGCGAGAAAUGAAACGAGAGCCAAAAAGUGAAAGAGGGGGGAGGGGGAGGGGAAGGAAGGAAACGCUUUGAGACAUACCCCUCGAUUUUGAAAACCUGCGUUCGCCAGCGAACGUAGCGCCUGAUUGGCUCGGCUAGUCGAACAAUAUUGACAUGUGUCGAUCAAAGGUUUGUUUCAUACUGAGAGGUCAUGUAUGGUACGUGACACGCGUAUUAGUUUUCUGUGGUUAUUGUUUAUUCUGGCGGGCAAGAUUUGCCCUCCAAUGCAAUAGCAUUUUCUUUAACUUCUUUGGAAACACAAAGCUCUUCUUGCGACUUUAUAACGGUUUCAGGUCGUUUAAUUGUCCCUUGGAUCUGAAUAACUAAAAUCGAUUUUCUUUUGUCAGGGAAUGCGAUGGUUUCCCGUAAUGUUUUGUCAUGCUGGGCCGAGCUCGUUGGUGUUUUUUUUUUUUUUUUUUUUUUUUUUUUUUUUUUUUGCGGGAUGUUAAAUUCCCUCGGAUAGUGAUUUACAGACGCAAAUUUCGAAGAAUGGAUUGCACCUUAAACUGAAGCAACAUCAACUAGGAAGACCUGCAUUGUGACUCAGUCAAAAUUUCUGCUUGGUUCUCCACGCGAACUUCAUCAGUUGCCGGGUUAGCUUUUUUCUUAGAUGCUUUUACAAGAGCACUCUAGUUGUCUGCGCCGUGGCGAGAACGGUAAGCCGUUCUGUCUAGCUGAGCUUUAACCUUGUACAAAUACGCGUCGCAGAUCGAUCGACUUUAAUGCUUGUCACAUUUUACCACUUCAAAUCCAGUGACUUUCUGGCCGCCAGAAAGGCGGGUUUGGAGCUAAAACUUCAAAACUUCAUUCACCCUUGAGGUCCUUCCUUUUAGACGGAUUAAGAAGACAAACGUACAAAGCCUGUAUUGAUCGUUCGGAUUUAUUGACAUUUCACUAUUAACGGCGUCCACGCGUUCCAAAAUACAGAAAAAAAAAUAUUUUGGUUUCACAAACGCGUCCUCUUAAGUUCAUUUCCGCUCCACGGAAGGCCAAACAUUUUAUUGGCCAAUAAUGACAGUUGAUGACAGCAUCAAAUGUCGGUGCGCGAACUCAGGCAUGACAGGCCAAGUGGGUGGUUUUCAAAAUCUCGGGGUUUGUCUGCAAGCGUUUCUUCCUUUUCUUCCCCACCCCCUCCUCGCUCUUUUACUUGCGCCACUUUUCUCGCGGUCUUGACUCCUCUUGACUCGUUCUUUUCCCGUAAACCGCACAGAAACGCUUGCUACGCAGGCUAGCGGAUCAUGAGUCGCGCUGCUUACGUAGGCGAGACUAAACAGUAGAAAGCCGUUCAUAUCCACUCAUAGUAAAAUCUGUAGGCUUGACACAACAAGAGAUUCAGUGGUUUUGAGUUCAAGAUGAGCCAUUUCUCCAAUCUGUUAUGGGAAACCGUCAACGUCAUACAGGCGACAAGUUUCAAGUUAACACAUUGAAAUCAACAAAGAUGAUGUUACUCUCCCGUAAAAAUUCAAAACUUUUUAUGACAUAGAUACCACAUCGAUAAAACCCAAAACAGAGCUACCGGAAUAUGAGUUGUUGGUAUGUUUUUGCUGAUCGGGUAUUCUAAAGAUCCCACGUUCUGCAGCAUAAUCGUUUAUCGUGGUCCUUUUGCAGUUAAUAUUGAAAAGUUUCAACCCCGUUUAACGAAACACGAUUUGUGACGUCGCAUGGGGGAUAAAAUCAGGUGACAGCAUAAUGCAGCACCUUCAACGCGUGCAAUAAAAUAUGUUAAAUUUUACUUUUUCACUAAACAAACCUUAUUUAAAAAAUUCAAAAUCUUAAUACACCGUCCCGAGAUACUCAUAAAUACUUUAUAAAUGAUUCAGUGUGUACAGUCUGGUCUUUAACCUGCUGGAUACAUUCAUUCAUUGAGUUUAGUUUUGAGAUAGCGUGUUCACAGACCCUUUAUUCUCUCUUCAAAGUCCGUCGAGCCCGGGUGCCAUUGUUGUUUGAUUGUAAAAUACUUAAAACUCAGUACGGCGAACGCAGAGGUAAUAAUGAUGUGGCGUUGACAUGAGGGAGGGGCUUAAUAAACCUCAUUUUUUCCAAAGAUGUCUAGAGACAUUCUUUAUUUUUCUUUCUCGCGCGCUCGCCGAUUUUUUCGAAAAGAACGAACAGAAAUAUAAAACAAAGUCUGUGUAUCGGCUAGUUUUGAAAUGAACAGCUAAAGCCUUCCUUUACUGUUACGCGGCAGUGCACAGUCUCUUCUGCAUUGAUUAUGAAUGUACUAAUGCAGUUAAUUUACUGACAUCAUGUCGAAUCCAUGCAUUUGUUCGAUUUGUACUACAGAGCGUAGAACUUCGUCUAAGCAAUUCUCUUUUUAGAGAGGACAACUAAGUCACCAAAGCUGCCGAAAAGCACAGCACCUUCCCCAAUUGGUGGAUCAUCUGUUGGGACAGCCACAAUGAAACGGUCUAUAUCCUCUUCACAGAGUCAAUCUACGACCAAUGAUUUGAAGUCACAUACAUUUCAGGGUUCUACGACAAUGGUAACGAAAGGUAAGCCAUGCAAUAACACCAUAAAGCUAAAUAUAGUACUGGCAAUUCCUGCUUAUGGAUACAUGACUAUUUUCACGCCUCCUGUACUGGCUACCGUUUUGACGUGCCCAAGCUCACUGAGUAGUCGUUCCCGGGCAAAGGCAGUACCCAAAAAACUGCAACAAUGAUCCUUUUUUUGGUGAACAUACUCUUUUGAUUUGUUCUUCAGAUCUGCAGAUCAUCGGCAGUAUACAAACUGAACCAUUUCGUGUUAAUCCUAUAUUAAUGGUUGCCAAGAGCGGAUAAUUUCUUGCAUAGCUCAAUGUUUUGACAUUCGGCUACACAGCUAGUCAUUGCACGUCAAUGGCCUUUUUUCCUCAUACUGAAGCAUUAGAACCAACAAACAAUGCCAAAUCCUCAGUGGUUCAGCUGUUCAGUGUUAGAGAGUCAAGAACACUUCCCGAACCAACCUUAUUGAGAAAGUCCAUCAUAUAUGACCUAUACAAAUCUAACAGAUUAGUUGUUAUUGUCCUUAGCCUUAAGGGGGCAAAGUGGUUGGCCUUGUUUUUGUUUUUGUUUUAUUUUUUUUUUGCACUUUUUCUCACAGAUCUAGCCAAGAUUUCAUUCCAUCAAAAUGGCUUAAUAGGUUUGGAGUCUGACUCAAUAAAUGUUGAGAAUUUUGGAUUGUUCUUAAUGUUUUUAAUGAAUAAAAUCAGGGGAGGUGCUUGGAGUGAUUACUUUUAAGGAAAAAAUUAGAAAAUGUUGGAUUUAGGGUUAUCGGGAAUUAAAAGCAAGGGUAAUAAUUUGUAAAAAAUAACCAGGUAGUCCAAUACCAGUACCCGGCCAGGUACCAGAAAAACCAUGAUCUCCUUUAAAUGCAAAUUUCUGAAAUUCUCAAUUCGACAAAAACAAAAACGGACAAGCAAACCAAACCAACCAGAUUACCCCCUUGAGGUUAAUUACCUCGGUAUAAUUUGGGUGUUUCCACGUGAAUGAUCAUCGGUCAUUCACUUGUACCCUUCGGGAUAACGCCAGCAUAUAACUUAAUUAACAAUUAAUGAAUAAGGCUGAGUAUCUUAUGAAGAAUUAUGGAGAUCGAGGAGGGUGUUAUCCGUCGGCGAGGCCGUAGGCCGAGGCGAAUAACACCCUCCGAGAUCUCCAUAAUUCUUCAUAUGAUACGAAAGCCGAAUUCAACAAUUGUUUUAUUAUUCAUUCAAAAUAACUCCUAGUUUAAAAACAAAGCUAAAACAUGUUUACCUCCAUCGACGUUAAGUUCACCUUCGAUAGCGCACGGUUAGGGUUGUUCAGCUCUGCAAAUAUUCUCCAAUUAGCAGAUGUCGCCCUUCGAGUUGUGUUCUUGCUGUUCUUACCACGUUUUUAGCUAUAAUUUCGCCUAGUUCUUACUCCUGAAACGAGUGAAAUGUCCGUCAUUUUUUUGUUUUGACAACCAAAACAACUCAACCUCGUCCCAGGGUUUUCUCGGUUAACGAUGCAUUAACCUGCAAGAACGCUGCAUGUUUGACGUCAUUUCCUCAUUAAACACAAAAUUCUUCCAAAUUUGUUCAUCAGUAACUGGUUAUGGUGAAUUACGCGUGUGCUUUUAGCCGAUCAGAAGCGAUGAAAUAUUUUGAAUGAAUAAUAAUUGUUUUUACGAACUUGAUGUACUCUUCGUCAAGGAAACCGGCUACGUGUUACUUACAACACUUUUUCAAAUUGGCAGAGGUACUUCCAGAGGGCAUCUUCUAUGAAACUUCCGAUUUCACUACAAUCAUCUUAAUCCUGCUAGCUGUUAUCAUACUGGUUGUUUUGAUUGUAUUGUUCCUCAUUUUUGCUUGCCGGCGUCGCAACAACAAGACGAAA